AUGGCUCCAUUCGGCACAAUCUGGUCCUACAUGCCCAGCGCCCGGGUCAGCAAGAUCCAAGCAGUAGCUAACCUAAACGGCCUGGAAUUAGAUAUUCCUCCAAACUUCGUCCUCUACAAAGACAACCUCACGGAAGAAUACCUCUCCAAAUUCCCUCUAGGAAAGGUGCCGGGCUUCGAAGGCGCAGACGGAGCCCGUCUAGUCGAAUCCGACGCCAUCGCACAAUAUGUAGCCGAAAGCGGACCUCUAUCCGAGCAACUCCUCGGCUCUACACCCUUAGAGCGCGCGUCAAUCCGCUCAUGGAUCAGUUUUUCGGAUCAUGCAUUCCUUCGCCCCCUUCGCGAACUAGCCAUGUGGCGAUUUGGGCAAUGGGAGUAUGAUGAGGAGAAAGAGACGACGCAGCUCGCCUUGUUAGAGCGGGGCCUUGCGUAUAUGGAAGGUCAGUUAGAGGGAAAGACUUGGUUGGGUAUGAAUGAGAAGUUGAGUCUGGGAGAUAUUACGGUUGCGGCACCUUUGCAUAUGGCAUUUUCUUUGAUUAUCGAUAAGGAGAUGCGGGAUAAGUAUCCGUCAAUCGUGGCUUGGUAUGAGCGUGUUAUGGCUGUUGAAGAAGUUGCGAGGGCUAUGGGAGAGGUUAAGUUCAUUGAGAAGAGGCAGGUUAAUCAGGGGAAGACUGAUGCCGAUGCUUAG